AUGACAAGCAAUAUCAGUUCAGGCACAACCGGUCACGCAUAUCGCCUUCGACCAAUGCCAAUAAAUUCAGUAAAUAAUAAUUCAAAUAUAUCUGGACAAUCAUCAAAUACAAAUCUAAAUAAUAAUAAUAAUAGUAAUUCAUUAUAUUAUGGUUCAUCAUUAACAGCAGCACCUACAAUUACUCCUCCUACAUGGAGUUAUUCAUCACCGAGUCAACUAGCUCGGAAAUAUGCUAACAUAGCGCCUAUUUGGUGUCAUAUAACUAAACCAAGACAAUUGAAAAAAAAAUUUGCAUCAACAUUUCAUCAAGCACAAUCAUUAGUAAGUUUUUAUAAUGAAGAUCGAGCACCAAGUGAACGACGUAGUUCAGUUAAUCAACCACAACAAAGUCAAAUACAAUCUCAACAACAACCCAUUGUACAUAGUACAAGUAUGAAUCCACAUAAUCAUCAUCAUGAGUCAAAUAGUUACCGUCAACAAUAUACUCCACAUUAUGUUUCACAUGAUCUUGCUAAAGAACCAAUAUCUUCAUCACGAGCAAAAAAAAAAUAUACAGGUGGAGCUUUAACAAUGCAUAUAUCAUCAUCAUCACGUUUACAAUCACCCCCACCGCCGCCGCCGCCACCACCACCUCCACCAUUAACUCAUGAAGAAAAAUUUUCUAAUCCAAGUGAACGUAAAGCUCGUAUUGAUCAGUUAAAAGAUUUAGUUUUUAAUACACGUAUUAAAGAGACAAUGGUUGGACGAACUGAUUCAAAAAAUCGUUCAACAACUAAUUUACAUAAAGCUACUUCAUAUAAACGUAUUGAUCAAAUAACAAAUCCAAUUGAUGAUUAUCAAUCAUUAGCUAUUCCACCAACAACACCAACACGUAAAGAUUCACAUUAUUAUCAUUAUCAUUUACCAUCAAAUCCAAUUUCAUCCACAAUCAAUGAUAAUCUUAAUAAACCAAUUGUACCUCCACCACCUACACUAUCAUCAUCAUCAUCAUCGACAACGGCUAACAACACAGCAACAGCAACGAUAUCACAUCCAACAUACAAUUAUGAUUAUUUACGUGCAAAAUCAAAAGAACAUACACGUCCGACAUACCAUGAUUCAAAUUAUAUAACAACUCCAAUACAUACUAAUACAGAAAUAUCAUCAGCAUCAUCAUCAUCGCAAAUUGGAUCAAGUAAUUCACCUUAUAUUGGUUCAACAAUAACAACAAAUCCUUUGAAUUCUUAUCGUACUUUUGAUGAUCAUAGUUAUAUGAGUAAACCUACAGCGGUUACUGAUAAAAAUUCAUCAUAUACAGCAAUUACUUCAUAUCCAAGUUAUCAAACACCUAGUUCAUCUAAGCGACGUAUUAAAAAAUAUUUACUUGCUAAGAGUGGUACUAGUACUAGUAGUACAGGUCUUUCUCAUCUAACAGAACCUAUUGUUAAUACUUUUGAAAAUUUAUCAUUAAAUGAUGAAGAUAAAACAAUUAGUGGAGAAAGUUCAAAUGUUAUUAUUACUAAUACUCAUGCAAUGACAUCACCAUCUCCAGUACCUUCAGCUUCUCCUAAUCCAACAACAAUAAGUACAACUAUUGUUCCAUCACUUCAUACAACACCACCUAUUCCAGUAAUUCCAACACUUAGUCCAGCAUUAUCACCACCACCACCACCACCGCCGCCACCUGUUCCAAUAAGUACUAGUGUUGUUGAUACCAUUAUUUUUUCCACACCUAAUGCUCAAUUAUCACCUAGUCCACAGACUAACAAUACUAUUACUACUACUAAUAAUAAUAAGAUUCCCCCUGUUAUUGUUAUACCAUUAUCUGCUUCUCUGACAUCUCUAAACAAACAACAACAGCAGCAACAGUCAUUAAAAUCAACAACAAAUUCUCUUCUUGAGCUUACUCCUUCACACAAUGGAAAAGAACAAUCUCCAUCUCGAUCAAUUGUACCAGCGACCACUGAGGAUGGUUCUUCAACACCACCUCGCAAUAAUAUACACACUAGCUCAUCACUUGAACGUCAUCGUAGGCGCCGGCACAAUCGACAUGAUUCAUCUGAAAAUCGACGCGGUGGAAACAACAACAACAACAACAGUGGUAUUCUUCGUGCUGAAAGUAUCACAAGCACUUCUUCGAACUCGAAACGACAUAAGAAACUCAAUAAUUUAAAUAAUAACCAUUCGAAUAAUAGUUAUCAUCACCAUCAUCAUCAUCAUCAUAAUAAAAGAUCAACUUCAACACCAAAUCGAAGUAAUCGACGAGACAAAAGCGAUUCGGGCCAUGUCAAUAUUCGUGAUGAUGAUGAAGGACAUUUGAUUUACGUUCCAGGUGAUAUUUUACAUCAUCAAUAUGAAAUUCGUCGAACACUUGGCGAAGGCACAUUUGGUAAAGUCGUUGAAGUUCGUGAUCUUCGCGGUGAUGGUAGUACACGGUUAGCAUUAAAAAUAAUCAAAAAUGUUGAAAAAUAUCGUGAAGCGGCCCGGUUAGAAAUUAAUGUACUUAAAACAAUCAAUGAAAAAGAUCCCGAUGGUGUUAAUUUAUGUGUUGCAUUACUUGAUUCAUUUGAUUAUUAUGGUCAUAUUUGUAUUGCUUUUGAUAUGUUAGGUUUAAGUGUAUUUGAUUUUUUAAAAGAAAAUAAUUAUAUUCCAUAUCCUAUUGAUCAAGUUCGUCAUGUUUCAUAUCAAUUAUGUCUUGCUGUUAAAUUUCUUCAUGAAAUUGCUUUGACACAUACAGAUUUAAAACCUGAAAAUAUUCUUUUUGUUAAUUCCGAUUAUAAUAUUGUUUAUAAUCAUCGAAAACGAAGAGAUGAACGUGUUGUUCGUCGAACAGAUAUUAAAGUAAUUGAUUUUGGUUCAGCAACAUUUGAUUGGGAACAUCAUUCAACUAUUGUUUCGACUCGACAUUAUCGUGCGCCAGAAGUUAUACUUGAAUUAGGAUGGUCUCAACCAUGUGAUGUAUGGAGUGUUGGAUGUAUUCUAUUUGAACUUUAUCUUGGUUUUACUCUCUUUCAAACGCAUGAUAAUAAAGAACAUUUAGCCAUGAUGGAACGAAUACUUGGUUCGAUUCCUUAUCGAAUGGCAAAACAAUCAAAAAAAACGAAAUAUUUCUAUCAUGGUCGACUAGAUUGGGAUGAACGUAGUUCAGCUGGUCGUUAUGUACGUGAAAAUUGUAAACCUUUACGACGAUAUAUGGUGAGUGAUGAACCAGAUCACCAACAAUUAUUUGAAUUAAUUGAAAAAAUGCUUGAAUAUGACCCAAAACGACGAAUAACAUUAGUUGAUGCUCUUCGACAUCCAUUUUUUGAACGUCUUUUACCAGAACAGCGUAUUAGCGAUCUACCUUCAGUCGCAAAUACAUCUUCCAAAUCUUGA